AUGUUUGCUUACAUUGGCUGUCAUCCAACUGAUCGUUGGAAUCGGGACACCGUACCUGUAAACCAGGCACCAGGUGGCCCCAUCCAGGUUGGUAUGGGUUCUUCAUCUGUCAUAGGACCAGAUGGAAAGGUCUACCUGAAGAUCAUUCCUCAGUGGCGUGCAUCACAAGAUCGCAUAAGCCUUUUGACUGGAUAUGAAGUUAAAGUCAUGUGCAACAGGAAUAUUUGUGCUUCACAAUAUUUCUGUGUCACAGUCUUAUUCAACAGAACCUUGACCAUCGAGGACACUCGUUCUAAUUUUACGGUGAGUUGUCAGUAUGGGAAUUUUUCCCAGCCUAGCAUGGACUACGUCAUCAUUAUCCGGAGCCUUCCAAGAAGUAAUGAUGAUUCGAACAGAGGGAGUCAGAUUGCAGCACUUCCAAGUUGUAAACAAGAACCACAAGUUGCUCUUUGCAAUAUUGACUCUCCCGAGGACUGGGUGCCAGAUUACAAACCCUUCAUUACUCAGAUCAGCAAUGGUUCUGUAUUUGUUUCAUUUUGGCCCGGUACCAGUACGAAAUAUCCCCGGUACCAUGUUUUUCUUGAUGAAGUUGAUGUUAAAAAAGGUAGAAUUCCACACCGCUCUGCAGCAUACUUUGAUUCACAAAGAGAUGGUAUCCCUUCUGUGUAUUUUAACAACGUUCCCGAGGGAAUUUAUAUAGCAUCGGUAGGUAUUGAUGAAACCGUUUGUCCGGAUUGUGCGUAUUUCAGAUCGAGAAAUAACAUCACUGUUCGUGCUAUGCCCACUCCCGCCCCCUCAACAGCACAUAGUACCCGUCCUAGAGACCCUGAGGAGACCUCAAAUACAUCAGGAUCCCCACUCCCUUUGGCAGCGCUGACAGGAACUCUGGCUGGAAUCCUUGGGGUUAUUCUCAUCACGGUCCUCAUAACCCGCACGCGUAGAAGGAGCUCUUUACCUCCUUCCGAACAAAGUGGUGAUGAGAAAGAGACUGGAGGAGAUAAUUUGGAAAGAUCACCCAUGCUUCAUCGAGAUAACAUGCCAUACGAUGACUGUGAUUCAAUAACCGGGACAGGCUACAUCAACCAGUGGCCGCCACCGUUGUCUAGCAACAGCGACUACGACAACAAUCUCUUUGGCAUCUCGAACCCCUCCAUGAUCCCUCCCAUCAUCCAUAAUGAAUGGGAAAAGAGCGAUGGGAGACUCGCACAGGAGAGUGAGCUCUACGCCGAUAAAAUUGGAUACCAGAGAGGGGAUAGCAUCAGUAAGGUAGCAGUCGAUGUACAUUCUUCGAUGGACCCCCAAACAUCAUUUAAAACUGGCCUUCCUUCGAUUGAGUCACCGGACUCUGGAGUAGACUCCAUCUAUUUUGAAGGCACCAUGGAAGAUGGACAAACGUUGUUCUCGUUAGCUUUGACUAAUCUUGGUGAGGAGGUAUAAUUACGGUCGUAAUUCCACAGUGAUUGGAAAUUAUAGACACACGGGAGACUCGCGCAGGAAAGUGAGUUCUACGCCAACACCAUUGGAUACCAGAGAGGGGAUAGCAUUAGUAAGGUAGCAGUCGAUGUACAUUCUUCAAUGGGCCCUCAAACAUCAUUUAAAAGUGGCCUUCCGGCUUCGAUGGAGCCACCGGACUCUGGAGUAGACUCCAUCUAUUCUGCAGGCACCAGGGAAGAUGGACCAACAUUGUUUUCAUUAGCUUUAAUUGCUUUUUACUAAUUUCGGUGAAGAAGUAUAUAAGAAUUGUUAUAUUGUGCGCCUUACAACUAUUGAUGUACGUGGGAAAUGACGGGG